AUGCAGCUGCGCGCAGCCCAGUCGGGUGGCGGCGGCGGUGCCGCUCCGCCUCCGCCUCCUCCGGCGCCCGCCGCGCCUGCCCCACCGCCCCCGCCUGCUGCGGGUGGCGCACCGCCGCCCCCGCCCGCCGGUGGACCUCCUCCCCCGCCUCCCCCCUCUGCCGGCCCGGCGCGCGGCGGUGCGGCCGACCCCAGGGCCGGUCUGCUCAACGCCAUCGAGGGCUUCAGCAAGGGCAAGCUCAAGAAGGCCCAGACGGUCGACAAGAGCGGCCCGGUGACCACCGCCGAGAAGGCCUCCAGCGGCGGCGGCGGCGGCGGUGGAGGCAACUCCAUCGCUGCGAUGGCGGCGGCUAAGCGCAGUGCUCUCAAGUCGGCUCCCGGCGUGAGGACCAAGUCGGGCCGCAUCACGAAGGAGCAGGCCGAUGCCAACAGAUCGGCGGCGCUCAACCUGAUCAACCUCAAGUCGGCCGGCGUCUCUGCUGCCCCCGCUGGCGGCGCAGCUGCUGCGGACUCUCCCGGUCCCACCACCAUCGACUUCCGCGCUGGCCUCAAGAGGUCUACCAGCCCUCCUUCACUCGCCGCCCCUGCCGCUAGUUCCGGAAGCAGCCCUUCCCCGGCCCUGAACGUGACACUGAGGAAGGCCCAGCCGCCGGCCGCUGGCGACGCGCCGGCCGCCGAGAGCGGCUCCGCCCCUUCGCCCGGGCUCAACGUCACCCUCAGGCGCGCCAACACGACUCCCCUCCAGUCGACCCAGCCCGCCGCCGACGCUUCUACGGCCGAUUUCAGGUCGGGCCUCAAGUCGCUCAACACCGGUGCCGACAAGACCGUCUCCGGCCGUUACAAGGCCCCGAAGGCGGCCACGGGUCCUGCUCCGGAGAUGAACUUCCGUGCCGGCCUCAAGCGCACCGGACCCCUGUAA